GAGGAGGAGGGGGGCGGGCAGGUGUGCUGGCAGCCCGGCCCUGCCCAGUCCCGCCAGCAGCGGCUCCUGCCCUGGGCGCCGGGAUGCUCUGAGCCGUGCGCGGGGGGAGGCGAUGGAGCCGCCGGCGGCGAACGGCAGCUGCAGCAACGGGUCUCUGGUCACCCUUUCAUGCCUUUCCCACCGGGUCGUGUGCCGAGUGAUCAGCGAUGCUGACCCAGCCGACUCCGGCCAUGACAAUGGGACUUUGGAUAACUUCUGGGUAACUCGGCUGGAAAGCAGUUAUGGAUUCUACAUUGGCCUGGGCUUGGCUGUCUUCUCCAGCUUCCUCAUCGGAAGCAGUGUCAUCCUCAAGAAGAAGGGACUGCUACGGCUGGUGGAGAAGGGAGGCACCAGGGCAGGAGAUGGAGGCCAUGGCUACCUAAAGGACUGGCUCUGGUGGGCUGGCUUAUUAACCAUGGGUGGAGGGGAAGCUGCCAACUUUGCUGCCUAUGCCUUUGCUCCUGCAACUAUCGUCACACCUCUGGGGGCUCUGAGCGUGCUCAUAAGUGCCAUCCUGUCUUCAUAUUUGCUUGGAGAACGGCUCAACCUGCUGGGAAAGCUGGGCUGCAUGCUGAGCCUCGUGGGCAGCACCGUGAUGGUGAUACAUGCGCCAGAGGAUGAGGAGGUCACCACUCUGGAUGAGAUGUCUUCCAAGCUGAAAGAGCCAGGUUUCCUCGCUUAUGCUGCAAUCCUCUUGGCUCUUUGCUUACUCCUGAUCUUCUACCUCGCACCCCGUUAUGGCCAGAAAAACAUCCUCAUCUACCUCACCAUCUGCUCCGUUAUUGGUGCCUUCUCCGUGUCCUCAGUCAAGGGCCUGGGUAUUGCCAUCAAGGGCUUCUUCGCUGGCCAGCCGGUGCUGCAGCACCCAUUGACGUGGAUCCUAGUCAUAACGCUGGUGGCAUCCAUCACUACACAAAUUAACUACCUCAAUAAGUCCCUAGACAUUUUCAACACCUCUUUGGUGUUUCCCAUCUACUAUGUGCUGUUCACCACCAUCGUCAUCGCAACUUCCAUCAUCCUGUUUAAGGAGUGGGUCACCAUGACCGUCGUUGACAUCAUUGGGACAGUUUGUGGCUUCCUCACCAUCAUUUUGGGGGUGUUUUUACUCCAUGCCUUCAAAGACAUAGAUGUCAGUUUAGGGAAUCUGCCACAAGUCCUCCAGAGUGGACAGCAAGCACCGGUCACCCGAGAUGACAAGAACAUCCUGAUAGAGGUGGACAACUCCAGCAUCGGCCCAGAGGAUAAACCCAAAACCAUCGCAUGAACUCUCAAAUACACACCAGUAUCUCAAACGGAGGAAAAGCUUGUAACCGGGACUCAUCUUUCCUUACUGCAUUUCAUAAAAGCCGUUCCUCCAGCUGUCCUGCCAUCUCCGGACAAACGCUACAUAUAAAGUGAAGAUUUGAACCGAGGUAAUGAAGUAGCACACAGUGACAGAAUAUUUGUUAAUGACAACUGACAAAUUUAUUAAAACUAGGCAAAAGGCACAAUGAAUUGCAUUCUUCAAGUAUUUGCAUAGAUGCAUAGAGAGCAUUAUUGUAAACCAUUAAUUUGUGGACACAGGAGAAAGUGAGAUGUAUUUUGGUAUACAUUCUCCCAAGUAACAUUAUCUUUCAAAAAGUCAGGUUUUACCAUCUUUUACUCCUCCUGCAGUUCCCCUAUUCUCAUUCACUCAACUUGUACACUUGAAAAUUUAAAACUGCUUACUUAAAACUACCUUUUGGAGGUUUUAUGAUAUUUCAGCAAUAAAGUUUUCCAUGAGA